UAUUCCACAUCGCAAGGUGGGAGGAUGUUGGGGCUCCUACUGAGUCUUCGGAGCCCCCGCGGCAGCAAGACUAUGUUGCGAUAUUCCACAUCGCAAGGUGGGAGGAUGUUGGGGCUCCUAAUAAUUCUUUGGAGCAUCUACAUUAUUACUUACCUUUUUUAUAAUCAUAUUUACAAUAUUUUAAGUAUCUAUGAUUUGUCAAUAAAAAUAUGUCAAAAGCGCAACAUCGCAUAAUUUUCGUAAAUAGAUAAAAUCCCUUUGCAAAAAGGCAAUCUUCGGAGUUUUCCAAGAGAACCGUGUGCCGGACCAGCCCCGCUACGCGGCUAAAGGUUGGUGCGGCCACAUUAGUGGCGACCGUGGGAUAAAAUGGAAAACUUAAAAAAGGAGAGGUCAGUAAUGCGAAGGCUGUUUACGAAGGCGAAGAAUGAGUUGCUACCGAUAUUGACCACCAACCUACCAAAGCCGAACAUUGAGCUAAAGGAAAAAUACAACUUUUUGGCCGCAAACGCUGAAAAUAUGUUCAAGGUAGACGAAAAAAUUAAAGAGGUUUGGCUAAGCAUGGAGAACCUGGACGAAGAAUUAUACUUUCAGGAUUUAGAAGCCAUUAAUGAGUAUGAGUCGGAGUGGAUCAAGAUAAAGACCAGAUACGAAGAAAUAAACAAAGAAGAAGAGUCAAAAUAUGACAGUGCAUCCGUAGUCAGUUCCCAUAACUCGGAAAUGAGAAGGCUGAGACUACCAAAAUUGGAAUUGCCGAAAUUCGAUGGCAAAGCAAAAAACUGGAUAGCAUUUUGGUCAAUUUACAAAAAAAUCCACUUUGACGAAACAAUUGACGAUGAUGACAAGUUCGCUUACCUGAUCCAGGCCAUGGAGGUGGGCUCGCCAGCUCAGGCGUUAAUAAAAAGUUUCCCUCCAUGUGGACGAAACUACGCGGACGCGGUGGAGCAGCUUAAAGCAAGGUACGCUCGCGACGAACUCCUUAUCGAAAUUUACGUGCGAGAACUUCUCUCGUUAGUACUACAACAAGCAAAAGGGGAAGACAUGAAUAUCGCGAGCCUGUACGAUCAACUCAAAACACAGCUCAGAGCGUUAGAAACCCUCGGGGUUACAAGUGAGAAGUAUGCAGCAAUGUUAUACCCUCUGGUAGAGUCAGCCCUGCCGGCAGACAUGUUACGCAUCUGGGAGAGGCAGCGAAGCCGGGAGAAAGAUGCUGACAUCCUUAACCACCUGUUGGACUUCGUAAAACUGGAAGUGGAAAGCGAAGAAAGAAUAUCAAUUACACGAAGAAGUCUAACGUCAGACGAAAGGGAGUUAGGAAUCCCGACCGCAUCAUGCCUAGUCGCCGGAAGUAUAAAAACUUUAGAACAGCCAAAGGGAGCAGAAUGUAUAUGGUGCGAAAAAACUAAUCACAGCAGCCUAGAGUGCUACAAAGGUCAUAAAAUGACGCUGAAAGCCAGACAAGAAAGAGUUACAAACAAAAAAGGUUGCACCGUGUGCUUGAGGCUCGGACAUGAUGGGAAGCGGUGUCGGUCAUACCACAAAUGUGUCAUCUGUCAAAAGCGGCAUGCCAUGUUAUUGUGCCCAGAGCUGUCAAAAUUAUCAACUCCAAACAAACCAAAAGAUGAAGUCGAGUCAAGCACUGCCAUGACCACUAACAACAACAAAGUGACGCUACUACAAACUUUGCUGAUAAAGGUCAAUGGUACAAAGAUCAGAGCAUUUGUUGACACUGGCGCUCAAAAAUCAUACAUUUUAAAUGAAGUCGCUUUAAAGUUAAAACUUACACCAACCGGAGAGGAGACAUUAAAACACUGUCUUUUUGGAGGAACCGAAACAAAGAGCGAGAAACACAAGGUCUAUAAACUAAAAAUUGAAAACAUGACCUCCGACUUCGCAAUAGAUAUGACCGCUCUAAGUAAGAAUAAGAUAUGCGGUCCACUACCACGGGUAGCUCAAGACUCAAAGCUAAAUUUGAAAUUGAGAGAAAUGAAUAUUAUGCUAUCUGAUACUGGAGAAUCAAGCGAUGAAGUCGGGUUGCUCAUUGGGGCAGAUUAUGCUGGCGCAAUAAUGACAGAAACAUUUGUACCAAUAGACGCGAAGGUCACGGCGAUAAGAACUAAACUCGGUUGGACGAUCCAAGGGACCACUGAACAAAUCCAAAACGUCGUAAUAAAUAGUGUUGACCUCAAUGAUAUAAGUUGUCUGUGGAAUCUAGAGAUGAUGGGCAUUGAAGAUCCUAAAGAAUCGAUUUCAAAGAAGGAGAGAGAAAAAGUGGCUAUAGAUAAUUUCGAAAAAUCUGUUACAAUGAAUGAUGAAGGAAGAUAUGAAGUGUCCUUGCCCUGGAAAGAUGAUAAGCCAGAGAUACUAAGCAACAAAGAAACGGCAGUGAAAAGACUCAAAGCAACUUCAAAAAAACUUGAGAAACAUAAUGAAUUAGAGAACUACGAUGCCGUAUUUAAGGAGUGGCUCGCGUUAGGUAUUAUCGAAGAAGAGAAAGAUGAAACGGAGCCAGGCCACUAUCUGCCCCAUCAAGCCGUUAUUAAGGAAUCCAGUCUUACUACUAGAGUACGCCCAGUAUUUGAUGCUUCUGCUAGAGAUUAUAACGGUAGUUCACUGAACAGUGGUUUAGAUAAGGGUCAGAACUUCCUCGAAUUGAUUCCGAUAAUGCUAAUGAGAUUUCGAGCAAAAUCAAUUGGUAUAACCGCAGAUAUUAAAAAGGCCUUUCUCCAGAUAUCGCUUAUAGAAGACGAUAGAAAGUACCUACGAUUCUUGUGGUGGAAAGACAACGGAGAAGAAAUAAUAACAUACCGACACCGAAGAGUAGUAUUCGGGUUGACGUGUAGUCCAUUCUUGUUGGCUGCGACGAUCAAACAUCAUCUGAACAAAUACUCAUCCGAACUGACUCAAACUGCACAACUUCUGUCAGAAUCACUUUACGUGGAUAAUUGUGUGGUAAGCGUUGAAUCACAAGAAGAUGCCGAGAAAUUCAUAAAAGAAGCGAAACUUAUAAUGUCUGAAGGAAAGUUUGAGUUGAGAGGAUGGAUAACAGCACCGGUCAAGUGUGCAGGUACAGAUGAACAAACCACAGUAUCAAUUCUGGGAGUAAUGUGGGACACAAGAACGGAUGAAUUAUACUGCAACAUGAAUAUGAUGGAAGAAUGUAAGUCUAAGUUAACGAGAAGGGUUCUUCUUUCGAUCGUACAUAGAAUAUUCGAUCCAAUCGGCAUAUUGUCCCCUACUACAGUAGUACCAAAACUACUACUGCAGAGAACCUGGGAAUUGAAAAUAGGCUGGGACACAGAGCUACCAGAAGAUAUAAGUGAGGAGUUUAGAAAAUGGUUACAGUACCUACCCUUGUUACGUGAUUUCAGGAUCCCGAGAAGAUUUUGGACAAAACCAUACAACGAAGGUAGAAAAUCGUUACACGUAUUUUGUGAUUCGAGUUCGAAAGCAUACGCAACUUGUGUAUUUGUUCGCACUGAGGUUGAUGAUGACGUUACUGUACGGCUGGUGAUGGCAAAAGCGAGAGUAGCACCCGUCAAGAAAAUAACCAUUCCUAGAUUGGAACUCAUGGCAGCAGUGAUGGCCACUCGCGUGUAUGUACAGGUUAAAGAAGGACUGACACUUGAUGGCUAUGAAGUUUACUUCUGGUCAGAUAGCUCAGUAGCCCUUACGUGGAUAAUGACUGAUGGCGACUGGAGCUUAUUUGUGAAGAACAGGGUGCGAGAGAUUCGAGAACACACACACACUGAGGAUUGGCGAUAUGUGAGUGGAACCAAGAAUCCAGCAGAUCUACCAUCUCGUGGUUGUAGCCCCAAAAAACUACUGGAAGAACAAUGGUGGGAAGGGCCAGCGUGGUUGAAACAGAAAAGCUCGGAAUGGCCAGUGACUAUUAUGUUCGAACGAAACGACGAAGCCAUCGACUCAGAAAGAAGUAAGAUAGUAAGAGAACAUGUAGAUACGAUAGAAGAGGACUUUUCUCAGCGAUUCAAUCAACAGUCAAACUUCACACGAAUCGUCCGAACAGCGGCAUGGGUCAACAGAUUUUGCAAAAAUUGCAGAGCAAAUAAAAAUAAUGAAGACAACCAAACUAGAAUAGUACCAAGUAACCCAGCCCGCACAGCGGAGAGCAGGAAUGUGAAAUCGCUGAUGGAGGGGGUUGAACCAAUAACGGCAAAAGAGUUUGAGGAGGCGGAGGUCACUCUGUAUAAGUUGAUACAAAGGUCAGAGUGUAAAGAAAAUGAUAAAGGAUCGAACAUAGAUAUUUUCGAAGGGGAAGACGGUUUACGAAGAGUGAGAACUCGCCUGACUUUGAGUGACUAUGAUGAGACCUUCAAAUAUCCUAUUCUACUGUCAGGCAAGCAUCCGCUAGUUGCAAAAUUGAUUGAAUCCACGCACAAACGAAAAAUGCAUGCUGGUACGAACGUAUUAGCAGCCGAAUUGAGAAAUACUGUGUGGAUUACAGGAGCAAGGCGGGCAAUAAGAAAUAUUACGUCCAAGUGUGUGAUAUGCAAAAGAUUCAAUGGUAAGAGUUAUGAGACACCAUGCCCGCCACUGCCUGAAAACAGAAUAAAAGACGCAGCACCGUUUCAGGUUACAGGCGUUGACGCAGCUGGCCCGAUGAUAUUGAAAACAGGAGGAAAAACGUGGAUCAUGCUGUUUACUUGCGCGAUAUACAGAGCGAUACACAUAGAGGUAGUGACGUCGAUGACGACUGACAGUUUUUUGAUGGCACUACGGAGGUUUAUUGCACGACGAGGAAGGUGCGAGAUCAUAUACUCGGAUAACGGGACGAACUUCAGAGGAGCUGAAAAUCAUUUGUCUAUAAUAGACUGGGAAAAAAUGAAGGAAUUCUCAACAGCAAACAAAAUAAGAUGGAUCUUCAACCCGCCCGCAGCUCCGUGGUGGGGAGGAUGGUGGGAGGAUGUUGGGGCUCCUACUGAGUCUUCGGAGCCCCCGCGGCAGCAAGACUAUGUUGCGAUAUUCCACAUCGCAAGGUGGGAGGAUGUUGGGGCUCCUAAUAAUUCUUUGGAGCAUCUACAUUAUUACUUACCUUUUUUAUAAUCAUAUUUACAAUAUUUUAAGUAUCUAUGAUUUGUCAAUAAAAAUAUGUCAAAAGCGCAA